UCUUCAGAUAGCUCAUCCUUGUUUCCAUAAAUCUCCUCCCAGAUCAUCCACCGCUCACAAACACUCGACAAUCAACAUGCCUGGCCCCAUCAUUCCAGUUUCGGUCAUCACCGCGCUCUCGGAUCCCUCCAAGAUGUGCCAGUGUCCUGCGACCUCGCCACCAUCGGCUGCUACGACAUGCCCAAAAUGUCAACUUCCCAAAGCUGCUGUCGCCAGGGCUUCAGCAUUGGCUUGAAAAUAGCAUCUUUUUCAAUGAAAUUUGCUCGCCAAGAUAGAGAUGUCGGCUAGGUUCGACUUAUAUCAAAGCAAGCACUAGCUUUCUCGUUCGUAGGAAGUGGCCACGGUAGCGAAGGAAACUUGAUUCAUCAACCGUAGACCAUCACAUACACGAUCUUCCUUCUCUCGAAGCAUUGAAUUUGCGUACACUCCUUUUCCCCAGAUAGAACAAUAUAUGAAAUUUCACAUAUGUGGACAAU